UGACUGCCUCCGUCCACUACAUACACGUCAACUGAGGCGCCAUAUUUGUCAGAGCAUGAAGCCAUUUUUUUCGAACAAUGCGCCGACAUUGUGAACCGUAAUGCUCUGUAAAGCACACGCGAGGUCAGUGUUGUGCCAUAUUUGCAGGCAAGCCUCCUUAAAAACAAAAGAGGAAGCCAUUUGUAUGGAUUUGGCAACGCCGUUGCUUUUAUGGACGAACCCUGGGUGGCACAAACAGACCGCAGUCGCUGUCCUUGGUGCUGACACACAGUUGACGUCCCCGAGUAGCUGUCGCUAUUCAAACCCCUCAAUUCAAACUUAGGACGCUCCACGUCAAUCACCCUGUUUGUUGGUGACGUCAUUCGUAUUUCUGAAUACGUGUGUGUGUGUGUGUGUGUCUGUGUGUGAUUAUACGGCAGCCAUCGUUUAUGAAAAAUUAAAAGAACAAACACGAGAUAAAAGCAACAGAACUGCUGGAAGGGUUGCCUCUUGUCCGUCGUCGGAAGUAAAAAAAACUAAACAUUGACUUAACUGUCACGUUAGAAAAUUGUCGCCUUUUUCUUGCAGAUAUGCUAAUGAGAUGGGUGAGAGACCUCUGUGGAGAAAGAAGACAGAUGGAGAGAGACCGCGAGAUUGCGGAAGAGCAAGGGAGGGUCGGAGAGUGUGAUGUGUUAAAGAGAGACCGAUGGAUGUGAUGAGAGAGAGAGAGAGAGAGAGAGAGAGAGAGAGAGAGAGAGAGAGAGAGAGAGAGAGAGAGAGAGAGAGAGAGAGAGAGAGAGAGAGAGAGAGAGAGAGAGAGAGAGAGAGAGAGAGAGAGAGAGAGAAACAGGGAGUAAGAGAGAGUUAAGAGAGAGACAGAGGGGGGCGCCGUGGUGCAAGAGACUGAAACUAGCGCGAUGGUAUAAACUUUGGCGUGGUGAGAGAAUGAGAGAGCGAGAGAGAGAGAGAGAGAGAGCUGCAGAUGGUUAAAAGAGAGAGAGCUAUGGUGUGAGAGCGGGAGGGAGUGAGAGAGAGAGCGCGAGAAGACGAGCGCGCGAGAGCCACACGCGCUCAAGAAGACGAGCGAAGGAGGCACGCGGCAUGUCUCGAGGAUUCAGAUGCGCAUACGCGAGAUGCUGGCGCACCGUACGCAGGUGGCUGGGAUAAACGGCGACGUGACCGCGGCUGCUAUGUGCCCCCCCUUGGCACAGUCCCGCUAAAGAUGGCCCCCCUCGCGCUGCUCCUACUCCCCACCUUACUGUCCCGCCUUCUCACGCCUUGCCACGCCGCCGGCAUCCACGAGCGGGCCGCCGUGCCUCGCGGCAUCUCCCGCUCGGUGGCCCGCAUGGACGGCGACGUCAUCAUUGGCGCCCUCUUCUCCGUGCACCACCAGCCCUCGGCGGAGAAGGUGGCCGAGCGCAAGUGCGGCGACGUCCGCGAGCAGUACGGCAUCCAGCGGGUGGAGGCCAUGUUCCACACACUGGACCGCAUCAACGCCGACCACCAGCUGCUGCCCAACAUCAGCCUGGGCUGCGAGAUCCGGGACUCCUGCUGGCACUCUUCCGUGGCUCUGGAGCAGAGCAUCGAGUUCAUCCGUGACUCGCUCAUUUCCAUUCGCGACGACAAGGACGGCGGCUCCAAAUGGUGCGUGGACGGUCACUCCCACUCCAGCCAGCCGCCGCCCACCAAGAAGCCCAUCGCCGGCGUGAUCGGGCCGGGCUCCAGCUCAGUGGCCAUCCAGGUGCAGAACCUGCUGCAGCUCUUUAACAUCCCGCAGAUCGCCUACUCGGCGACCAGCAUCGACCUGAGCGACAAAACGCUCUUCAAGUACUUCCUGAGGGUGGUGCCCUCCGACGUGCUCCAGGCCCGAGCUAUGCUGGACAUUGUGCAGCGCUACAACUGGACCUACGUGUCUGCCGUGCACACCGAAGGGAACUACGGCGAGAGCGGCAUGGAGGCCUUCAAGGAGCUGGCCUCCCAGGAGGGCUUGUGCAUUGCCCACUCGGACAAGAUCUACAGCAACGCCGGCGAGAAGCAGUUUGACCGCCUCUUGAGGAAACUGCGUGAGAGGCUGCCCAAAGCGCGCGUGGUGGUGUGCUUCUGCGAGGGCAUGACCGUCCGCAGCCUUCUCAUGGCCAUGCGACGCUUGGGGGUGUACGACGAGUUCCUUCUGAUCGGCAGGUAAAUUUCGCUGUAGUUGGCGGAUGGAUUAUGCUGUGCUACUGAUGCACGCGUCGCCAGGGCAACAAAGAAGGAGCGGUGUAGGAAUAGCAUCGGAAAGACAUAAUGUGGUGUUCCACAAGGGUCGAUGUUUGGACCAUUUAUGUUAUGUUUUUAAUGAACUUUUAAGUACAAUAUUUUUGGGACAAAUAUUGCAUAGGUUGUGACGACUUCAUCUAUAAGAACCUCUUUUUGAGAAUAUAUCCAGAAGGAGGCGGAUUGAAAAAGAAAAGGGAGAGAUGGAUGCUGUUCUGUUUCUCCGUUUAUGUUGUACGAAUAAUAUUUAAUUCAUUCCCGUAUGUUUAAGUUGCUGGCUUGGGGAUGGCACUCAUUCUUUUCCGAUGCAGCUUUUAAAUUAUCCAUAGUGAAGACUCUCUCGGGUUAUGAGUUUCUUUUCCCGGAUUCUUUUUUUUUUUUUAUUCCCCCACAUCCAUCGGCGAUGGGGUGGGAAAGUAGGUCUAUAGUUGAGCUUUUUGUGGAUGGUCUCCACGGAUGCCGAUCUGCGCGCUUCUGGGUCACAGGAAAAGAGGCGGUCUGAGCCAAUUCACGUGAUAAGCUGUGUGCUCUUCUGUUUCUUCAGUUUCUCAUUCGCUCAUAAACCAAAUGGAUGCCAUACCCGCCAAGUUGGCUGCUUUGAUCAUAUCUCAGGAGCUUGUGGUCAUAAAGUGGUUAUGACCCGAGUCGAGGAGAAAAACAUUGUCCUCCUUUUUUAUUGCCGGUGGGACACAUUCAAAUUUUGCCUGAGCAAAAAAGAAGCAGGCUGUUGAAUAUGCUUUGUAAAAUUGUUUUUUGGAGAGCUUUUGUUUUGGCCGCCGGGCACCAGGCUGCUCUUCAGACGAGAGCCAGGUGUGCCAGAUGCUCGACCCACACGCUUUGGCCGCCCGACCCGCAGACUACUCUCAGCACCACACUUUGCGUCCACUUUCCUCCUGAGUAUCUCUUGUCUUUUUUCACCCAACAGUUUGGCUCUGUGAUUUAAAAUAAUAAACAGUAUAGUCGGUUUGGCCAACUAGUGGUUAGUGCUCAUAGUUUUUUGUAAUCAGAUUUUCUGGAUGGGUUCAUCACAAAAAUGAAGUUCUGCUGUAUGAUGGAGGUUCAUUUCAGAUCACAACAAUACAAUCUGUGUUAUGUUGAAGGCCGCGCUUGCAGCUGAUGUGAUAAAUGAUGCUGAAUGAACACCUGCUUGGCUCAUUAUGGUUAUAAUAGUAGUCCCCCCCCCCCCCCCCUCGCAGCAUAAAAGCCUUUGCGCCAUUGAAUUUCUGUAACCCGAGUGAUGACAUGCUUUCUAUAUCCUGACACUAAUUGGUAGAGCACACAUGGCUAUUGACCUUCAUUACAUAACUUAACAAAUAGAACAGACUGGCAAAGAAGAACCUUGUAUAACAACUUGUGUCUUUUGUGUUCUUUUUGCUUUGUUUGCGUUCUUUCAUUUUUUUCUGUCGGUGUUUUCUUUAUGUAUAGCAUAACAAAUCAUCUAUAGCGAACCCUGGUGAUUGUAUUGUAUUGUAUUGUAUUGUAUUGUAUGUAUGUAUGUAUGUAUGUAUGUAUGUAUGUAUGUAUGUAUGUAUGUAUGUAUGUAUGUAUGUAUGUAUGUAUUUAUUUAUUUAUUUAUUUAUUUAUUUAUUUAUUUAUUUCCCUUUAUUUUCUGUCCUUUUUUAAUUUUUGUAGGCACAUACUGGCUGUCUUCCACUAAACCUUGGCCACAUAGUUUUAAAAUAUACUCUACCAGUUAAGAAGUCAAGUUUAUUUGUAUAUCCCUAAAUCACAAGCAGCCUCAAAGGGCUUCACAUAGACAAACAAAUUGACAAUUAUUCUCAAAGCAUCCCCUGAUCUUAAGCUCCCAAAAGAGCAAGGAAAAACUAAAAAAAAAAAAAACUACCAGGGGAAAAAUGAGAAACCUUGAGAAAGGACCACAGAUGGAAGGAUCCCCCUUUCAGGAUCACCAGGCUGCAAAUACAUUAUUGUCACAAUUGUCUGGCAUUACGGUAGAAAGCUAGCGGUGUUCCACAGGGCUCAAUACUAAGUCCACUUUACACAAAGCUUGGCUUUUCUGUAUCAAAAAUCAGUUUUACCAUACUGUCUGUUUUUAGCAUACUUUAACUUUUUAUUUAGCAGUUUGUACUGUGCUGUUUUUCCUUUGGGUUUUUUUUUUUUCUUUUUCCAACUGCACGAUUAACACCAAAUAUCCCACGUAGUUUGGCGCUCGCUAAUGUGGAGUCCUUCCUCCUAUUCUUAAAUAUUCAUUUGCCACCUACUCAAUUAUCUCAGCACAUUGGCAAGCAACACCAGACACCUUUUUCUCUCCCCGCUCGGCCUCCAAAAGAGUCGAUCAGCAUUCGUUGUCUUUUCUCGUCAUCCCUCUCAGAGGGACCCUCUGGUUCGUUCUUCUGAGUGGCGGCGUGGUCGCCACUCUCCCUUCUAAUGCGCGCUCCGAGGCGCUUAUUAUCAUUUGCAUAAGCUGCUAACAUGUAACACUAAUUUGAGCGCACAUGAGAUCACUUUCCAAACCAUUUUUCUUGGAAUUUUCUUGUUGUACCUCUUUAGCCUUCCCGUUCCAUAACCAUUAUUUUCUUAGCAUUCUUUUAUUUCGUGUACACUAGAAUAAAAGCUGCUUUCUGAGCUGUGUUGGCGCCGCCGUCGCCAUGGCGAUGUUGUUUAGGCUCAUGACAGAGGGUUGGUGGGUUCGUCUGGCUGCGGAUCUGUCACUCAGUCUGUCAGCAGCGCCACAAGAAUAUGGCUGAUGUGUGGGAAACAAAAACAAACUUAAGGACUCAAUGGCAGCCGCUCGGAAGUACGGCGCUGACAUGAUCCUGCUGUCUGAAUUGUUAGGGUUAGCUGAAUUAACAAUAGUGAGUGUAAGGGAUCGGACAGUACAGCCAAGUGCGUAGCGACAGAGACUUUAUUGUGGAGGGGUACGAUUGGAACAGCUGGCGCUGGAGCGGCGAUCUGGCUGGGGGGAACAAGCGAUUCUGCGGGAUCUCCGAAUCGUCAAGUAAGUCAGUUUCCAGGGGCAGAAGAGUGAGCAGCAUCACGGGACAGACUGACACUCGGGUCUGCGCUGGCGGCGCUGAUAUAGCGCUGUCCAUGAGCCCGUGGCAGGUGGCGGCGAUUCCACUGACGGGAGGGGGGGGGCGUGGUCCUGUCACAGGUGGCGCCAGCACGUGACAGUGAGGGCAUCGCCAGCAUCCUCUCGAGCCAUCGACGCCUCAUUUUAAAAUAGCGCCACGUGCGGUUGUUACAUUUCAUCAAACUGCAGCACAAAUAAAUGUCAAAUCAAAAUACCCCUUUGCUAACAAAAACAGCAGGUCCAGAGGCCUAUAAGCAGACUUCUAAAUUAAUUCAAGCGCAAAGACUUGCCCUUAGCUCAAAUUGUAUUAGCAUUUAUGUAAUUAAAGGCCUUGCCCCGAAUACAUUUUUGCCCCAGCGCUAUCCUCAGUUGACAUUUAAAAAAAGGUUUUUCCAUUAACUACCUGAACUUUUAUUUUAACUCUUACGUAUGGUAGGGUUAGGGCAGGGGUGUCCAAACUACGGCCCGCGGAACAGUUUUUAUUGGCUCGCAUCAAAUUCUGAAAACAUAAUUGAAUAUGGCCUGCACAAGAAGCUUGAGCUCAACUCUGUUGCAUUUCUCAGUUUCAACACUAGUAGAUAGAGCCCGCCAUACAAAUGAAAUCAAGCGAAGAAAAACUUUUACCGCGAGUCCCCAGAAAUGGCUGCACCCCAGGGAAGAGAAGCGAAUACGCAGCGUUUGAUGUCCCAUUAGCACCCCCCCCUGAAAAAAAUAUUGGCACCCGGGCCACUUCACGUUACUAAAUCUGGCCCUCCUUGCAAAAAGUUUGGACACCCCUGGGUUAGGGUUUCAAACCAGGGUUUCAUACUAGGGUUAGGGUUUCAAAGUAGGGUUUAAAGCUAGGAGAGCCAUCCACGACUCCCCCUCCCAUCCCUCCCUUUCUCACCAAAUACUCGUUUUAAACUAACUCAUCCUAUUGGUCCUCCAGGGGGAUAGAGUGCAUGUGAUUAAAUCUCUUUCCUGUCAAUUAAUUCAUGGCUUCAUAAAUAUACAAACGUGCACGCCGACUGAAAGUAGACCGAGAGCCGGGAAGCUGUGUCAUGAAUGGAAGGAUUUUUCUUCCACUUGUGAUCACAAUAGGGAACCUUCAAAUCCAAGAAGCUCCCUUCUUUGGAAAGAGUGAUAGGGGCCAUUACGGCGUCAUUGUAAAUGUCUCUGAGCGCACUUAAUGGCUUCACAAUUCGCCCUCGCCAAGCCUCCGUGGAGACGACGCUUAUUUAUCACGCUAGUCCAGCCCAUCGAUCGCAUUGAUAAGUGGGGACAGUAAACGGACUGGAUCAUGUUCACUCUCAGACUAGCCAAAGGUACUCGCAAAUUGUACUUCGCUCCAAUCGAGUUAGAAAGUUGCUCCUCAGGAAUUUCCGACCCAUAUUAUAUCGUAAAGGCCCCUUGAUAAUGCGGUUUGGUAAAAUUAGUUUUUGUCGCACAAUAGAUGCCCCCCCUCCACCCUCCCAUGGUGGUCCAAAAAGAAGUGAUGAGUUUCUGCUUCCGCGCCACAUAGAGUUCAGAACCAUCCUCAGAGAGCAGAGUGAGAAGAAAUGUUUUUUGUUUUUUUGCCAGGGAACACAUUCAUGUCUCCAGUGCCUCGUGAAUUAUUUGAGCAAUGCAGACUCGCUCCCCCUCUCCCCUCACUGUUUCUCCAGUGCUCCUAAAAAAAGCAAUCUCCAAUCACGCUCCAUCAAUUGGCUCGUAUCGUCUCGCAUUUGAUUGUGUCUCUUCUCUCCUUUGAUGGACACUAAUUAUGGCUAGCAAGGUCUGACCUAUAUAAACACAUACGCACACACACACACGUGUGUGUGUGUUUGUGUGAGAGAUAAUUGCUUCCACUGUGAGUCAUCUCUAAUUGGCGUGCAGAUGUCAGCGGCCGGCGCAGGUACGUAUUAAGGCCGCGUCCCACCAUGGCUGAGGAAGAACGAGCAGAAUUCAGAGUGCUUGUUUGUCUUUUGUUCACCGGUGUCCUCUGUUUUUCUUAAGCGCAUGUCCAAACGAGCUUGUUAGUUUGGCUCCAGGACUGGAAAGCCGACAGUCACACCGGCGGCCGCGCUCUUGUCUAUUUUUAAAUUGACAGUUGCCGCUCUUCAAUUCAAGGUAAUCCCGAUGGAGUUGUGUUUUUUUUUUUUUUUUAAAUAAAAGAAAAAUUGGGA